AUGCGGAUACUUCAAGUUAGUCCAUGGAUAAAGGGCUGCAGUAAAUUCCCUUCACCAAAGUCGUUCGUUUUUAUCAUUCGUCAUGCCUGUACGCAUACGCAUACGCUUCAAGCGCAGUCUCCCAAACAGUCGGCUGUAUGCGUUCGUUUUGCGCCAAGUCCAACAGGUUAUCUUCACCUCGGCGGACUCCGCACUGCCUUGUUCAAUUACCUCUUUGCCCGCAAGUCUGGCGGUAAAUUUCUCCUUCGGAUAGAAGACACAGAUAGGACGCGUUACGUACGCGGAGCAGUCGAGAAUCUGGUGAAGACGUUGCAAUGGGCCGGAUUGACAUAUGAUGAAGGACCUGGUAAAGGAGAGCAUGGACCAUAUCGUCAAUCUGAACGAAUUGACAUAUACAGAAUGCACAUAAAUAGAUUGCUCAGUGAAAACAAAGUUUAUAGAUGUUUCUGUACUCACGAGAGACUUCAACAAGUUCGCUUAGAAUCGCAGAAGAGUGGACGGGAGAAGGUGUACGAUAGACACUGCUUACAUUUGACUGCCAAAGAAAUAGAUGAAAAUAUAUCGCAAGGACUUCCAUAUACUAUUCGACUCAAGGUCGUAAAAGAUUUGGUUCAUGGCCCGGUCAAGUUUAGUGGAAAGACCGUAGACGAUGCUAUACUUUUAAAAAGUGACGGUUAUCCUACAUAUCAUCUGGCUAAUGUCAUUGAUGACCAUUUAAUGUGUAUCACUCAUGUAAUACGUGGCGAGGAAUGGCUCCCCUCCACACCAAAACAUCUUCUCCUAUACCAAGCGUUCGGAUGGGAUCCACCAUACUUUGCCCAUGUUCCACUCCUUUUUAAUCCAGACCGGACAAAACUAUCCAAGCGUUCAGGGGACGUGACUGUAGAAGAUUUUGCUCGAAAUGGAUAUUUGCCAGAGGCAGUCUUAAACUUUGUUGCAUUAUUGGGAUGGUAUCCGCCGAGCGCAAAUGAGGUGAUGACUUUGGACGAUAUGGUCAGAGAGCGUUAUGCCAUUUUACUAUUGCCCCGCAUAGAUAAAAUUGCGACUAUUAGUUUUUCGCGAAAUGAUACCAGAUAUGCCGUAGACACGUAUACUGAUGCAGUAAAUCUCCAAUGCUUCAAGUUCUCAUUGGAGCAUUUGAAUAAAUCACCAGCAAUUGUAAUGCACGAAAAAUUGGACUUUUUAAACAAACAACAUCUGUUACGUAAAGCCGAAACCCCAGCAGGAUUAGACGAACUUGUGGCGAUGCUAGGAAUAAUGGUCAGACAGAAGUACGAAAGCAGGCAAGUCGACGAGCAAUUGAGUGGAUCGGAAGGCGAAUAUCGAUUAGGAAAUGAAUAUCUUGCAAAAGUUCUAAAUACAAUCAAGGAACGCAUUCGCAAUGUCAAUGAUAUUCCAAGGUUAUGCGAGUAUUUCUUUGUCGAUCCUGACUACGACACAAAGAGCGCUAAAAGGUUUCGAUCCAAGAUUGCGGAUGAGACGUUGAGGACCGCUGCCGUAAACGCGUUGGAGAAAUUGAAUUUAAUAAGGGGAGACAAUUUCACAUUGGAUAAUCUCAAGACCGCUAUUGAUAGUAUCAUAGAAGAUACCAAACUCGAUCCAAAGGACGUCAAGUCAGCUCUUAGAUAUAUUAUCACCGGAACUCAGGUGGGCGCCCACAUUGCAGAAACCAUACAUACUUUGGGUGAUGAUAUUUGUAUACGGAGAUUACAAAAAGUUUUAGACGCUAUUAAAGAAUAA